AUGGCUGAGGAGGCGCGGGCUGCCAACGAGCGCCUCUUGUCCCGGGCCACCUGCCCGUUGUGCCUGGAUGUGUUCGAGCAGCCCGUGCUCACGGCGUGCGGGCACAGCUUCUGCGGGCAGUGCCUGGCGGCCGUGCUGGGGGACCCCCCGCGCCCCGCCGCCUGCCCGCAGUGCCGCGCCCCGCUGGAGCCGGGCUCGCAGCGACCCAUCCGCUCCCUGGGCGACCUGGCGGAGGUGGUCCGGUCCCUGGAGGAGGUGGCGGCGCGGCCGCGGUGCCCCCAGCACGGCAAGGUCCUGGCGCUGUUCUGCGAUGACUGCGCCGCCCUGCUCUGCGCGCCCUGCCGGGACGGGCCCGAGCACCGCGGGCACCGUGUCCGCCCCGCCGAAGAGGCCGCCCGGGAGCUGCAGGAGACACUCCAGAGAAACCUGCUUUCUUUGCAAGAACAGAAGGAAAACUUGAAAAGCAGAGGAGACCAGAAGAGAGAAGACCUGCAGGUGACAGUGAGUUCGGAGCUGCAGCGAGUGGCUGAGAGCUUUGAGGAGCUGCAGCAGUGCCUGGAGGAGCAGAAAGAGACCCUGCAGGCCCAGCUGGUGCAGAUGUCCCAUGAACUGGUCAGUAAGAGCGAGGAAUACACGCGCAGGGUUUUGGAGAGGCAGUCGCUGCUGGACACGGUGAUUGCGCAGAUCCAGGAGAAGGAGGAGCAGCCGGUGGUUGAGUUCCUCAAGGUUGUUGCCAGAAUCCUGAGCAGGUGUGGGGCAGCCAUGGCCCCGAUCCCAGUUUCCCGAGAGCUGAAGAAGAGCAUUAAGAGCCUCUCUCAGAAGAGCCGACAAGUCAUGGCCAUGGUGGAUAAAUUCAGAGUGAACAUGUGUCACGAGAUAGACUGGCAAAGGGAGCAGGUGACGCUGGACCCAGAGACAGCGCAUCCUCGCCUGCUGCUCUCGGACGCAAACAAAGCCGUCUGGUUCAGAAAUGAAGAACAAAACGUCCCUGCCAACCCCAAGAGGUUCACAGGCAGCCUCAGUGUCCUGGGCUCCCAGGGGUUCACAUCUGGGAGGCAUUACUGGGAGGUGGAGGUCAGACAAAAGGGCAGCUGGGCCGUGGGGGUGGCCCUGGAGUCCGUGCCCAGGAAGGAGCCAAUCUACCAUGGCAGCUCUGAAAAGACCUGGGUGCUGCAACUGGACUGGGGCCACUACAGCGCACAAUCUAUGUCCACCGACUGGCUGGUAGUCAAGAAAAAGCUCAAGAGAAUCAGGGUCUGCCUGCACUAUGAAAUGGGCCUAGUGACCUUCUACAAUGCAAAGAAUAUGAUGCAGAUCUUCCAGUUUAAGGCCACCUUCACUGAGGAAGUCUUCCCAUAUUUUUCGGUCUCCUCAAAAGGAACCCACAUCCGGGUGUGUCACUGACAGGGUGGGAUGGCUGCCGGGCCCCUCUUGCAUUGCCCUAAAUUGUUGAUUGUUCUUUCACACUAGGUUAUUAGAAAUUUGCACUGAAUAGUCUCUAUAUUGCACUGAAUAGUUUGUUAUAUCACCUGGUUUGUUCUUCCCCUCUCCUUCCACAUGAUUUCCUUCACCCACCCCUCUCCCCAGUACCCUCCCCUGGUCUCUGCCCUGGUUUACCCCUCCUCACUGGUGGCCCAUGGGCUGUGCUCCUCGUCCUCUGCCCCCCAUUCCCCGGGUUAAAAGGCUCCCACCAUGAGGCAACAGUCUCUUUCCCACCUUGGAAAUAAACG